AUAAUUAAACUAUUUUUGAUAGUAGUACAGGGGUAUGUUUGACCCUUUACCGCAUUUUAUCUGGCGCCAAUGGCUUAACCAAUCCAUAAGAAAAUCCAAUGUCUCUUUCCCUAGCUAUGGUGGCUCUGCCACGUGUCGCCACCGUUCCCACGGCGGCGAAGGCGAAGCAGCCACGUCAGAGACCAAACCCAAAAACCCAAAAUGCUAAACCAAAUGCAACCACCAGUGUACCUACCGUAAAGAAAAUAACUUCAGGGUUUAACAGUAGAAAUAAAGAACCUACGUGGCAGUGUGUCAAGAAUUGUGGUGCAUGUUGUAAACUUGAAAAAGGGCCAAAUUUUCCUUCUGCUGAAGAGAUUUUUGAUGACCCUUCUGAUGUUGAGUUAUUCAACAGCUUGGUGGGUUCUGAUGGAUGGUGCAUACAUUUCGAUAAGAGCACAAGAAAAUGCUCCAUUUAUGCAGAUCGUCCAUACUUUUGUCGGGUGGAACCGGACAUCUUUGAGACACUGUAUGGGAUUGAAAAGAAAAAGUUCAACAAGGAAGCUUGCAGUUGCUGCAUAGACACAAUUAAGGCGGUAUAUGGAUCAAGCUCAAAAGAGUUGGAGAAUUUCAAUGCUGCAAUAUGGAGUUCGACUUAGUUCUGCCUUCGUUUUUCUGAGGUGAAUCAUUUUGGUGGUUUUACCUGUCAAUCAGUUUUUUCCUGCUUGUUGCAGUGGCUAGGCAGAUCGAUGAAUCAUCGUAGUUGUCGGUUAAUAUGAUGUUCUAUCGCGAUCAGUUCUAUGCAUGCAGAACAAACAGAUGCGCUGCAAUUGAAUCUGGAACACUCGAAAUCUGAUGGGAAAGCACAAAUCUGUAACCUAUUGUAAAGUGAAACAAAUAUCGACUAUAGAUGUUAGUGAAUUAGCACGGGAUCAUCUUAUCGA